AUGGCUAUGCUUCCCAAAGCUACUAGGAUGUUUUCAACCCUCGUCGGUCGCUCCGGUCGCGAGUACGUGCGCCAAAAGUUACUUCAGCGUCAUCCAACAAAAUCAGGCCGGGACAUUUAUUUUGCACUUGGUAACGGCAAGCCCUUCGUUCUGAAGCCUGUUUCUCGGUCUAUCUUUGAACUCUCACAGGAGCUCAAAGACGAAUUUGGCAGCAAUACUCGACUACGAAUCCACUUGGAUGAAAAUGAAAGUGAAAGUAUACUUGUUUAUGAGUAUUUCAAGAGCGAUUUGUUUUCGUUGAUACAGAACUACCCGGCUAUUUCAAUAGACGCAAGACGAGCAAUUUUGAAAGAGGUUGGGUUGGCAUUGAACGACAUUCAUGCAAAAGAUUGGAUACACUUAGACGUAAAGCCUAGCAAUGUUUUUCUCAACUGGCACGUGGACAAGAACGAUCGAUUCCACUUGGAAAAGGUGGCGUUGGGCGAUAUGGACUGUGCUUUGAAACUGGAAGGCCAAAAACUCCUGAAUUAUAGGAUAGGGAACGUCAUGUGGCGCAGUCCAGAAGGACAAUUAGGAAAGGGCGUUGGGAAGCCGUCGGAGGUAUUCUCUUUUGCACUUCUGUGUCUCUAUGUAAUCACAGGCGCCCAAUGUUUUCAGCCAGACUUCGAAAAGCUUGAUAUUGAACCUGAAUUGGUGGUUCUAUUCAAGCUGCUCUCGACCUUUGGCCCGCUGCCAGAUGCGCUCGUUGACCACGUCAACGACGAGGAAGCAGGAACCCUUUUAAAGAGCCUGUGGCAAGCUAUAAUAGAAGGUGACCCAAGCGAGCGUUUUGAGCAAUGGUCGGAAGAAAAUUUUCCUAAUCUUGACGACAAGGCGAAGAAAUUGAUACUGAGGAUGACGAAUCUUGAUCCAUCAAAGAGAGCUCCAAUGUCGGAAAUUGUAAUGGAUCCCUAUUGGACAUGAACUAGGUAUUCUGUACGAUAUUAAUAGGACUACGAACGAGCAGAUGUAG